CUCUUAUUACUCUACACUACAUUUCCAAAGCCGGACAUCACGUCACAUGUUAGGGUUCCCGAGUCAGGCAAGGUUUUCCCCCCUCCCUUCUCAGAUCCUCCAGAAACCUGAAAGCCGAACAGCCCACGCAGUCUGCGUGCGUCUCCGCUCCACGCUGCGCCAACACACCCGACCCGAGAGGAUGGACGCGCGAAUGGAGGGAUGCGCGCAUAGAUGUUUCCAUUGAAGAGCAUUGCAAGAAAUAGUCGUGAUUUGUAUUUUUACCACUGUGGAAUGAGCUUCCAUCUCCGUGCAGAUCCAGAACUACGGUUUUAGUGGAGCAAAACCAAAGCUCCGGGUUGCUGGGGGGAAGGUUGGGCGCGCUGGAAACAAGCAAAGUCGCGGAUCAUGCUUAUGGGAACUUCCUCUUCCAUCUCCUUAAGAGUGGCUCGGCCUGAUGCUCUAUCAUGACUGAUGGCGACGGGAGAGUGCACUUUCAGUAUGCAGAUAGCCAAGAGGGACAGGAGCAGGAGGAGGUUUUGGAGGAGGUGAGGCUCGCAAUACUGAAAUCCUACCAGAGUGAUGUAGAACCUGGGGGCCUCUGUGAUGAGGAGUACAUGGAGCACACAGGUAGCUGUAGUAGUGGAAGGAAGAGGAAUGAUGGACAAGGAGAAGCUGAAAUUCAGCAGCAGGAGGAGGAAGUGGAGGAAGCAGAGCUGGAAGUGGAUGUUGGACCAACACUGGAAGUUCGAAUCGUAGCUCCCAUACGGGAUCCGGACUGCGUCUCUGAGGAGGAGGAGCAGCAGCCGUAUCCAGCCCUGGCUCCCAUGGCCUUCUUCUGCUUGAAGCAAACCACACGGCCCCGCAACUGGUGUCUUCGUGUUGUGUGUAAUCCGUGGUUCGAACAUGUAUCCAUGUUGGUGAUCCUCCUCAACUGCGUCACUCUGGGGAUGUUCCAGCCUUGUGAGGAUGUCACAUGUCUGUCAGAGUGGUGUCGCAUACUCCAGGUUUUGGAUGAUUGUAUAUUUGCUUUCUUUGCGGUGGAAAUGAUCAUCAAGAUGGUGGCCCUGGGGAUUUUUGGUAGCAACUGUUACCUUGGUGACAAAUGGAACCAGCUGGACUUUGUCAUCGUCAUGGCUGGUGUGUUGGAGUACUCUCUGGAUGGACAGAAUGCCAGUUUCUCAGCCAUUCGUACUGUACGUGUCCUGAGGCCUCUACGAGCCAUCAACAGAGUACCAAGUAUGAGAAUCUUGGUGACACUACUGUUGGACACCCUGCCUAUGUUGGGAAAUGUCCUCCUCCUGUGCUUCUUUGUCUUUUUCAUCUUUGGGAUUGUUGGAGUCCAGCUGUGGGCGGGACUUUUGCGAAACCGCUGCUUCAUGGGAGGGAAUAUCAGAACGAAAUAUAACUUGUCAAUCAGUCCCUACUACAUGUCAGAGGAAGGCGAAGACAGCCCGUUUAUCUGCUCGGCAGCUCGUGAGAACGGUAUGCUUCGGUGCAAUGAUGUUCCAGCCUACACCGAGGCCAAGAUUGAGUGCCAAUUACCGGCACCUCACCAAAGUUCAGAUCUGAUUGGAAUAGCCCCUACGGUGGGAGGGGCCAGUGUAAAUGGAUGUGUUAAUUGGAACCAGUACUACAAUGUGUGCCAACCUGGGGAUCGCAACCCGCACAAGGGAGCUGUCAACUUUGACAACAUCGGCUAUGCUUGGAUUGCUAUUUUUCAGGUCAUCACACUGGAAGGAUGGGUGGAUAUCAUGUACUAUGUCAUGGAUGCUCAUUCAUUCUACAAUUUUAUAUAUUUUAUACUGCUUAUUAUUGUGGGAUCUUUCUUCAUGAUCAACUUGUGCCUCGUGGUCAUAGCCACCCAGUUCUCAGAGACAAAGCAACGGGAGAAUGCGCUUAUGAGGGAGCAGCGUGCUCGCUACAUGUCCAAUGAUUCCACGCUUGCCAGUUACAGUGAACCGGGGUCAUGCUAUGAGGAGAUGCUUCGUUAUAUAAGUCAUCUUUACCGGAAGUUGACACGCAGAGUGCAAAGAAUAUACUCUGGAUGGCACAGUAAACGGCGUAAAAAGGUGAAUCCUAACGGCAGUGGUGGAGGAAGUAACAGUGGAGGUAAUGGACAUGGCCAUGGCUCUAGCAGGGGCUCUGGCCCAGGUAGCGCUUUGUGGUUGAGGCCAAUACGCAACUUGUUGCAGCACCAUCAGCACCAGCACUGUCGGUUCCCAAAUGGGGGGCAGCACGUGAGCAGCGUUGCAAGUGCUGAGCUCUUGGCUGCAGAAGGAGGUGUUGGAGGAGCAGUGGAACUGGAGAUGAAGUCACUUCCUGUUGCUAAAGGAACUACAAAUGGAAAUAGCAGUGGCGGCAAUCAAUCAGUUGUCACCCAAGGCAUGGGGGCCUUGCUCAGGAGACUAAAUGGAGGGAUGAACUACCCUACUAUUCUGCCAUCAUUUGUGUGCAGUUACAGCAGCAAGACACCGCCACCUCACUCCCAGCAAGGUGGUCACAGUCCAGAUCAGCAUCCGCCAAACCAUUCCACAUCUGAGCACACGGAAAAAAUAAACAAGCUCUACCAGCUUGUGGGACAGCACAGUCAACAGAGUGUGUUGUACCAGCUGGCAGGGAUGGUACCCAGUCCACUGCUCCUGGAGCUACUGAGCUGCCCUCUCUGUGCCCGCAGCUUGGAGACCAUUGAACUGGAGUUGGGUGAUUUCGAAGGUUGCAGGGGAGAAGCUGAUGGACAGCACGACUACCUUCAGGGAGGAGAUCUGAGAAGUGGGAGAAGUCGGGGCAGACGAAACGGGGCGAUGCAAUACAAAAACGGAGCGCUCCGGGCAUGGAUAAAUUUCAGGGAGAAACUGAAGAGAAUAGUGGAGAGCAAAUACUUUAACAGGGGGAUCAUGACUGCCAUUCUUGUCAACACUCUCAGCAUGGGGAUAGAGUACCAUGAGCAGCCGGAGGAGUUGACAGAUGUGCUCGAGAUCAGCAACAUCGUCUUCACUAGCAUGUUUGUUUUGGAGAUGGGCUUCAUGCUGCUUGCUUUUGGCUUAUUUGGAUACAUAAGAAACCCAUACAACAUAUUUGACAGCAUCAUUGUAAUUAUCAGUGUGUGGGAAAUAAUUGGUCAAGCUGAUGGUGGGUUGUCGGUCCUGCGUACGUUCCGUCUGCUUCGGGUUCUGAAGUUGGUUCGUUUCCUUCCUGCACUGAGGAGACAACUUGUCGUCCUGAUGAAGACGAUGGAUAAUGUGGCUACCUUCUGCAUGCUUCUGAUGCUCUUCAUCUUUACCUUUAGCAUACUGGGUAUGCAUCUGUUUGGCUGCAAAUUCAGUCUUCAGACUGAUGAUGGAGACACUAUUCCUGACCGAAAGAAUUUUGACACUCUACUGUGGGCCAUUGUCACCGUAUUUCAGAUUCUAACCCAAGAGGACUGGAACGUGGUGCUGUAUAACGGUAUGGCCUCCACCUCCCCAUGGGCGGCCCUCUACUUUGUUGCCCUAAUGACAUUUGGAAACUACGUGCUUUUCAACCUGCUAGUGGCCAUAUUGGUAGAAGGCUUCCAGGCUGAGGGUGAUGCAAAUCGCUCAGAGUCAGAUGAUGACAAAAAGUCAGACAACUUUGAGGAGGAUGAGAAAAUAGAGCAGCUCAGAGACACUGAGCUAAAGAUGUAUACUCUGAUGAUGACAGCCAAUGGCCAUGUUGACCCGCGUGGUUCAAUGGCUCCUCCCAUAAUCAUGCGAACGGCAGCAACACCCAUGCCCACUCCGAAAAGCUCUCUGGGCCCGGAAUCCUACCUGGAGGAGGAGGUCAUGGCAAGAGAGGGUGUUCUGCAAUAUGGAGAAGUCGGACCUCCCAAUCCAGAGACCGUCCACCAAGACUCACGUCGUGGAAGCUCCACCUCAAUGGAUGCCUUAACAUGUGAUCAAAGAUCUUUGAGCCACUCAAGUCCUGUGAGGCGUUCCCCGCUUCUUCCACGUGGCUCCAGCUCAUGGGGAAGUCGACGCUCUAGUUGGAAUAGCCUGAGUAGAGCACCGAGCCUCAAAAGGCGAGACACUAGUGGCGAAAGAGAGAGUCUGUUGUCCGGAGAGAGAGGGGAGGAGGAAGAUGAUAUGGAUGGUGAUGCCGGUGCUGGCGGGUAUGACAACAAAAUCCAGCCGGACCCUUUUGAGCUGCUGCAGGCCUCCACUCUCUGCCCUGACAUUGUGGCUCAGUAUGGUGACUGUAACGGGGGUAGCAUGACUUACAAUUCCAACGUGAACACCGACUCCAAAGAUGACUCCUUGCCUGAAGAUGACAUUGAUGAUGACAGUUCUCUUUGCUUCGUGAUCAAGAAAGAGCUCUGCAAUAUGAAACCUCGCUGGUGCAAAGAACAUGAAGAAUGGACGCUGUAUUUGUUUGCACCUGAAAACCCAUUCCGCGUGUGGUGUCAAAGUGUGAGUUCUCACAAAAUGUUUGACCACAUAGUUCUGGUUUUCAUCUUCCUCAACUGCAUCACUAUCGCUCUGGAAAGACCUAAUAUACAGCCUCACAGCACGGAGCGAAUAUUUCUUGGUGUGUCCAACUAUGUAUUCACUGUGAUCUUCCUAGCAGAGAUGACAAUAAAGGUGGUAGCCCUCGGGUUCUGCUUUGGGAAGCAGAGCUACCUUCAGUCCAGUUGGAAUGUUCUGGAUGGUAUGUUGGUAUUUGUGUCUCUGGUCGACAUUCUGGUCUCUUUGGCUUAUUCUGGUGGCAACCGGAUCCUUGGCAUCCUCAGAGUUCUGCGCUUGCUACGUACAUUGCGCCCACUCAGAGUGAUCAGUCGAGCACCAGGAUUGAAAUUAGUUGUGGAGACGCUCAUCACUUCUCUUCGGCCCAUUGGCAACAUUGUACUGAUCUGCUGUGCUUUCUUCAUUGUGUUUGGCAUCUUGGGAGUACAGUUAUUCAAAGGGAAAUUCUACCACUGUGAAGGUCUUAACACCAAAAACAUUACCAACAAGUCGGACUGUCUGCAAGCCAACUAUGGCUGGAUACGAAGGAAGUACAACUUUGACAAUCUGAUUCAGGCUCUGAUGUCUUUGUUUGUGCUGUCAUGUAAGGACGGCUGGGUCAAUAUUAUGUAUGACGGCCUGGACGCGGUGGGAGUGGACCAACAGCCUGUGAGGAACCACAACCCGUGGAUGCUGCUGUACUUCAUCUCCUUUCUGCUCAUCGUCAGCUUUUUUGUGCUCAACAUGUUCGUCGGCGUUGUGGUGGAGAAUUUCCACAAGUGUCGGCAGGACCAAGAAGAGGAGGAGGCCCGCUUACGGGAGGAGAAAAGGCUCAAAAUCAUAGAAAAAAAGCGCAGGAGUAAGGAGAAUGGAGGGGCUGAGGCAAAACAGAGGCCCUACUAUGCUGAUUACUCCACCCCGCGUUUGACCAUCCAUACACUGUGCACCAGUCAUUACCUGGACCUCUUUAUCACCUUCAUCAUAUGCAUCAAUGUGUUCACCAUGAGCAUUGAGCACUACAAUCAACCACAGUAUUUGGAGGAGGUUUUGAAGUACUGUAACUACGUGUUCACCUUCAUCUUUGUCAUCGAGGCCCUGCUUAAACUUGUGGCUUUUGGGAUACAACGAUUUUUCAAAGACAGGUGGAACCAGCUAGAUAUAGCAAUUGUGGCAUUGUCCAUCAUGGGCAUCAUCUUGGAGGAGCUGAAACUGAGUGCUGCUCUUCCAAUAAAUCCCACCAUCAUCCGAAUUAUGAGAGUGCUACGGAUAGCACGAGUACUUAAACUCCUGAAGAUGGCCACAGGCAUGAGGUCUCUGUUGGACACUGUCAUGCAAGCACUGCCACAGGUGGGAAAUCUUGGUCUCCUCUUCAUGCUGCUUUUCUUCAUCUAUGCCGCCCUGGGAGUGGAGCUCUUUGGCAAGCUCGAGUGUAAUGACAACAACCCCUGUGAAGGUCUGAGUCGUCAUGCUACCUUUGAAAAUUUUGGGAUGGCCUUCCUCACACUGUUUCGAGUGUCCACCGGAGACAAUUGGAACGGCAUUAUGAAAGACACACUGCGAGAAUGUCAUCCAGAGGAGCGCCACUGUCUCUCCUACCUGCCCUGGGUCUCUCCCAUUUACUUUGUCACCUUCGUGCUCAUGGCCCAAUUUGUGCUGGUAAAUGUGGUGGUGGCUGUGCUGAUGAAGCAUCUAGAGGAAAGCAACAAGGAGGCAAAAGAGGACGCAGAAAUGGAUGCAGAAAUUGCCAUGGAAAUGGCAAUGGAACAACAACGCAGAUUCAGUACCACCUCUAGUAACAGUUCAGGGGCUGGGACCUUUGUUGGGCCAUGUCCACAGUCGCCUGGCCAGGAGGAAGAAGUGCAGUGUGGUGAUGAUGCACAGCAGUUAUCUGAGAAGAUGUCAGUAUCCAGAAUGCACUCCCUGCCAAACGACAGUUACAUGUUCCGACCUGUGCAACCUGCCAGUGCUCCUUACCCUUUGGAAGAGAUGGAUGUCAGUGCUCAGGACCAACACUCAGGCUCACUGACAUCAGUCCGCUCGCAGCCAUGUGAGAGUCGGGCUCUGCUGCAGGUUCCUGUUUCUCCGGUUCACCUACGACCUCUUCCUUCCAUCAACCUACCACGCAUUGCUCCACCCACGGCCCACCCAUCUCCACGGGCCCUGCGCAGACAGGUGGCACUUAAAGUUGAUUCUGUGGAAGUCCAAAAUUGUGAGCAACAAGAGAGGUCGAACGCCGUCCAUCAACCUCUUCCGUCCCCUUCAUCACAUUCCCCCCUUCGUCUCUCCCCGUCCCCUCUGCCUCCUCCCCGUUCCUCUUCUCCCUCAGCUCUUUCCCUCCCACCCUGUUCUCCUUCCCCAUACUCACUCCAUUCCCUGUCUCCUUCAGCUCUUCCUCCUUUGCUGUCCUCCCCAGCCUCGCUCCCGCCUCUACCGUCCUCUCCAUCACUUCUCCUCCCCCCACCUCGUUCGCCACGCUUCCCAUUGCGCACGGCGAGCCUCCACCGUCCGAGACCGCCCUCCGCCGCCUCCCUCUUUGACCCGGCUGAUGAGGAGGUGUGUCACAUCACCAGUUUGGCCCGCCACAGGCAGAUUACCGAACUGGGAAGAGGACAGGAGGGUAGAGCGAAAGAGGGUCGAAGCCACUCUCUCUCUCCGUACACCGACUCGACCUCCUGGCCUCCCCCUUCUACGUUGCAGCGGCCUUCCUCCAGGAGCGUGCUUGGGGCAGAACUGAAGGACAGGGACUUUAGAAAGGGCUUCAGCGUCGAUACCCAGGGGUUCCAGCACAAGCCGUCAUUAUUAUCUGCCGCUUUCCUCGACGACCAUCGCCGCCACUCCAUUGAAGUGUGUCUCCCGCAAGAUGGAAUCGGGGGUGAUGACCGACACUUUAAGGCGGAGCUACAAAAAGAAAAAAGCAAUUUCCCCAUGAGGGUGCAAUCAGUAGGAGGCGGACACCGAAAAAAGAAGACGAGCCCUCCUUGCAUAUCCAUUCACCCCCCGUCAGAGAGAGAACACCCGCCUUCACCCCCAAAACUGGCAGACUGCAGCAUGAUGCUGAGACGGAGAACGCCAUCUUAUGACUUGACCGCGCACAUGCAGACAAACAAACAAGACGUCCUGGCGGACUCGCAGGCGCACUCGCCGAUGCACCGAGCGCUCACACCCGUCCACAUACCGCUACAAACACACUCGCUGACCCCCUCACCAACCUCCACGCCCGCACACGCGUACACUCCACCGCUCCCGUUGACCCCGACUCACCCGCCUGUCCCAAUAAGCCCGAACAUCUUCAUCCAGCCUCACGCACCUCUCGUCCCGAGGCCUUUCUCACAGACGCGCCCAAUCUCACCCGCCGCCAGGCACGCCGUUGUCACCAGGGAUUGCCUCCCCUUACCGCAAUUCACUUUCGACCAACCGCAGUCCAGAUACCUGUCAGACGAAGAUCCCGCACCCUGCGCUUCCCCAUUUGACACCAAACUGGGACCAGGUGCAGGAUUUAAUGCAAAUAACCGGAGGACCGCCCAAUGAACAUCAGAAGGAGGAAGUGAAAUCACUGGUCCAAAAUCUCCCAAGCUGGAGAACAUGCCGACCUCAGGAGUAUUGAGAAGAGUUUUCUGGGAGACUGACUAUUUUAUUUUCAAGAAUAUUGAAAAUUGCUGUCCCCAGACAGACAGACAAUGAUGCCGUCGCAUCCCAGAAUCAUUGAAAACGGAUCUAUAAAGCUCCACUUCGGCAGCACCUAACAAUUAAGGACUAAAGCCACCUAACUCUGUAGCCAAAGUUUUUUUGUUUUGUUUUUGGUUUUGAUAUUACCGUCUACACCCACGUUAGCCAUUCAGGAAGCAGCGUCUGGCUGAUGACCUCUGACCUUUACAGGAAGUGGUUUAUGAAGUGCAAGCGUGGGGCGGGGUUUGUGGGAUAUGCAACUUCAGGUUUUCUACAGAAGUUCUGCUUGCCCCUCCUCUGCUCCUUGAUCACAUUGAUCCGAGCAGGCCUGUUUGUAUACGUGUGUGUGUUUACACGUAUGAUUGUUUGUACGUUUUCCUACGUCUGUUGUUGUCGUGUCACCACGUUUUUCUUACACUUUUUUCUUGACAGAGAGGGGGAGCAGGACAGAGCUGUAGUGUAUGUUUAUCUGUGUUUUGUGCAGUGUAAAUAAAGGAAAUUCUUUAUUUGGUGAGAUAAAAAAUAGCUCUAUCCAUAUGCACAUAUUUUUAUAGAGAUCUAAAGUGUUUUUUGCACACAAAGUUAACGUUGGAGUUGCUUAUUUUUCCUCAGUUAUCCUCUUUUGAAUGUAUGUUUCCUUUCAAAACCCGGAAAGGGAGAUGAAUGAGGGAGACAAAUUCUCCUCAACAGAAAGACGUAGAGGAUUGGAUUUUUAUUUUUCUAUUUUUAAGAAUAAGAGAAUCAUACUUGUGUGACGUGUUUCUGUAGUUUUGUCUCAAACUAUAAUGUAUUUUGGUGUCUUGAUUACAGCCUUCGGUAGUUGGCUCAGUGAUGCAAGUCAAACUGAUUUCAAAAUCUUCCAUCAUGCAGAUUUUGAAAUUACAGGUAGUCCCCGGGUUACGACUGAAUUUCUGCGUAUAUUUCUGCAUAUAUCGGAAUUAACACUUAAAUUUCCCCUAAAUGCCCCCUAAAUCUCAAAAUAACUAUCCAACAUAUGUAUUAUACAUUGUCAUUGUACUGUCCUCGCCAAGACGUUGGAGCUAAAUCCUAGCUAGGCAGCGAGCUACGCUAUAAUCUUUACCCUCUCUCUCACUUGGCUGCGCGACUUCUUCGCGGGAGCAAAUGUGCUCUUGCUCAUGUGUGCGCUCCUCGUGUGCGUAAAUUCGUUCUUCUUCGUGUGUACAUGCGCUCUUACACAAGUGCAUAAUACCUGCUUUAUGCUUCCUGCGCCAAAAUAAAAGCGUGCAUCACAAAACAAAAGUCAACAUUAGAAUCAAAUACACAGUUCGCCAAAGGGUUGAACGGUCAUUUUAAUGAACUAAAGUAAAAAAAAAAAAUGAGAAGAUACUGUGAGAUACAAUAAGGUACUGUUUACGCGACAAAAAAAAAAGGACUGGAGACAAAAUGGCCGACGAGACUCUGGUGUCGUAAAGUCAAAAUCACGUAAGUCGGGGACUCCCUUUCUUAUCACUUUAAAUAAUACUUUAGGAAAAAAAUAGAUUUGGCUAAAUAAUAAAUUCCAGCAUGCUGGCGGAGCUCACAUUUGUUUACAAUUAGAAUAUAUUAUUAAGGAAUUACUGAUAGUAAUCUCUUCCUUUUAAAGGUAUUUUGAGGUAACAAUUUAUGUGUGACACACAUUUCUGCUCUAAUUUAUGUGUGACACACAUUUCUGCUCUGUAUGUUGCUUUCAGAGGUGGGUAGAGUAGCCAAAAUUUCUACUCAAGUAAGAGUAGCGUUACUCCUAAAUAAUGUUACCCAAGUAAAAAUAAAAGUUGUCAUCCAAAAAUUAAAAAUAAGUAAGAAAGUAUUAGUUCAAAAGACUACUUAAGUGAUGAGUGACAUUGUGACUAACUGCUUAUAAUUAUUUUCGAAAUAAUGCUAUAUUUUUGUCUCAGCAUAACUUCAUCUAUAUGAUGGUCCCCAACCUUUUUUGCAUCACGGACCGGUGUGAUAUGGGCCUUUUUCUACGGACCGGCAAUGUGUGCCAGAAAACUACAGCAAAUAUAAAAAAAACACGACGGGGCUAUAAACGAACAUUAAAUGCAGGGAAAAUGUAACCCACCUUAUGCUGAAUCAACCUUUUUUAACAGCGGCUUCUCGUAAAAUCUGACGGCAAAGAUCCUCGGUCGGAGGCAUAAUGAGUUCUUUUUCAAUCGUGAAAGGUUACUUGGCUUUAGCAAUAUGCUUCGCCUUGCGCCUGUUGAGUUACUGAGGCUAUUACAUGACUAUAAUAUUAUGCCAAGAAGAUGACACAAAAAUCAUCAAAUUUAGACCAGAACACUAUGACCCAUUACCUGUCCAAAGAGCAUGAGUGCCCUCUAGUGGAAACAAACAUUUUUACCCCUGAAUGGUAUAAUGGAGUCAUGUGUUUAUUGUUGCGACAUCUCAUUGGUGGUGGUAGUCAGAGGCGUCACGUCCCAUUAGGCAAACCAGGCAAUUGCCUAGGGCCCCCAGCCAGCAGGGGCCCCUAGAGGGCCAACAGAUUUAGAGCACGCAGCUUUACUGCACUAACACAGUGACAAGUGUAGGGAGUGUUUCAAUACCAUGGUAUCAUUUGGCAGAUUAUCUAACGAUUCUGUUGUCGAUCCCAAUCAGCACUAACCAUGUCACGUAGAUUAUACAUGUUUAAGAAAGUCCAAAUAGCUAUUAAAACCACAUGAUUGUUUAAAGAGUGACCCACCAAGUACUCUCUGGAAAGUCCUUGCCGAGUUGUUUUACGUUGAUUUUAACAGGCCACCUCAUUAUUCAUGUGACUACUUAAAGAAACAGUGAUUUUUUUCCCAAAAAGUCUAUUAAUGGGUCUAUCGUAUUCCUCGUUGAAUACUAUAUAAGAAAAAUUAGCAAGGUUCCUUGGGUAUGUGUAGGUUCCCAUAGCAACCAGUCCUGUUAUUGUCCAACGUCACAAGCGCUGCGUUUUCUGGGAGCGAGAAUAGGCGUAAGGUGCGCAUUUUGAGCAGAGGACGUCCACCUGUUAAAAUGUGUGCGUCCAGGAACGAAUUUAAGUACAUCCAUAUGAGUCAGUGUAAAGUGUUUGGUUUUUGCCACUUUUAUGGCCAAGAUGACCGCACGUGCACGCGGCGCGCACCCCCCCCCCCCACCACCACCACCACCACCUUUGUGUUCAUUAUACUGCGCAAGUAUGUAUGUGUGUCACGUGACUCAGAAGGGCCCCAUGUUGCUUGUUGCCUGGGGCCCCCAGGGACCCUUGCUACGCCUAUGAUGGUAGUGCUACUGUCAGCAUCUCUGGCAACAAUAAUCAAUAUGUAAAAUAAAGAGGAAAAUAUAACGACUCUAGUGUAGCCCAAAGUAGCAUAGUAAGAAUUGUUUUUCAAAAAUCUGCUCACGUAAAAGUAAAAUGUAUUUCAUGGUCAAUUAGAAGUAAAUUUUUUUCAAAAAGUUACUCAAGUAAACAAAACGGAGUAAAUGUAACUCGUGACUACCCACCUCUUGUCGCUUUACAAGUUCAAACUAAAUGCAAUGGAAACGUUUACUGGUUUGCUAUGGUAAAAUGCGUUGUAUUUCCAGUUCUGUCGUCAGCAUCAACAGUACACUUAUGCGGUGGCGUGACAUGGCCCCCCCAACAAAACACAAACCAAAGAAAAAAGCCAAAACAAUUGUGAACUUGAUGAUUUCUAUGCUCAUUGAGCAUUUAGUCAUUUAAGAUAACCUUGCUAGAUUUUACGAGGUCCCACUCCUGACACAUUAUUUUCCUCGGAAGAUUUGUUACAAUCGAAUCUUUUUGUAUUUCCGGGGUUCUUUUCCAUCAUCAAAGCUAGUAAUGAACCAGUCAAGAGCUUUAUUUGGGGUACAGACCCUUGCCCCAUCAAAGUACAGAUUUUUUUUCCUUGUGUGGAGCUGUAAAUUCAUAGAAACUAAUAAUAAUCUUGUUAAAUAAAAGUUUGCCCUUUACUGUCCCAAUUAGGUGUGAGCGACAACCUACAAGUAUGAAUUACUCUAUUACAUCACUGAGCCUUACUACUGGAUCAGCUGUGAGCUCAUGAAGUGUUUCUCUGUUUGAAGACAACCAAACUAGCUUACUUAUUAGAUAUGUGUAGCCAGAGUGCAAUAAUAUUACUAUACUGUAUAUCAAGAGAAAAUAUAGUGAUCCAAACGACACUGAUCAACCACACUUAUUUUCUUUCAUAAUUACCAUGAGAAGUAUAUAUAGAAUAGUUUUUACACAAGGAUUGGCAGUUUUUGAUACUUUUUGCCUCCUGCAUGCAGAGUGGCUGGCAGCAGCCAAAUGUACUGUAUAUUUCUCGGAACGCUCAGGCUUAACUACUAAUUGUUUUAUUGUAAGCAGAGAAAGUUACAGAAAUGAAUACUUCAGUUUGGUAUUCAUAAAGGCAUCACGUCAGCGUAACACAUCAUUAACAGAUAAUAUACAGUCGUGUUGCACCGAUACAUAUCAUUUUUGGCUCCGAUAUCAAUUGCGAUACCUGGCUGUGUGGUAUCGGCCGAUGCCGAUACUUUACCGAUACCACUUUUUUUUUUUUUUUUAUGUAUGUUAUGUGCACCCUGCCACAUAAAAAAACUACAAAUGUUCUGACUGCUUUGCGGCAUACGCAACUUUCCCCUCUCACCAUUCGUUAUACAGACUGAAGGCAAUGCGAACACUUUCGCGCGACUUUUGCAAAGAAGGCAGAGCAACAAAGAGACAAAUAUUUAUAUGUUAAAUUAUUAUUUUUAAAAAAAGGAAUGCUACUAGGGUAAAAAGACACUCAAGAAUAUACAUUGGCUCAGGUUUCGUCAACGCGAGUUCGUUUGGGUGGAGGAAUACGGUACAAAAUCAAACAUUUGUCAUUGUCAACAUCGUCAUAUUCUAUUGUUUAGCCACAACUGGAUUCAUUACCUCAUUACUAUUCAUCUUUCACAUAGCCGCUGGAAACAGAAAUGUCAAUACAUCCAUCUGCAGGUGACCGGGAAAUCAGGAUUUUACGACACUGUGCACUGGUCCUCAUGGGAAACACAGUCUUCCUUAAGGCAAAACACUACCGCUUUUGUGCACCUGCGUCGCUAAUAUUAACCAAAACUGAAAAGUUAGCUUGCGCUGCUUUAAUACAAAAUUACUGCAAACUUGCUUGAAUGCAGUGUUAUUUUUGGCAGCCCUUUUAAUUUUUGUCUUAGUCUUUUGGAUGAAAAUACUUAUUAGUCUUAGUCAUGUUUUUAUUGUUUAACAUCCUACAGACUUACUGACCAGAAAAGCCAAGCAGCUUUGCUUUAGACUGGUCAGUGUUUUAAGAGGAUGCUCGCAAUUUUGAAGCUAAUGCUAACGCGAAUGUGAAUGCUAUGCUAACGUUAGGAGUUACAUUUAGCAUCUGAUGACCACUCAGCACAGACCUUUAAAGGCUAAAGCAACAUUGCAUAUUCUCUCGUGCCGAGAUAAGAAAACAAAUCUUACUGUUUCCAAACAAGCAAGAUGGAGCGCAGCCUAGCUUGAGACACAUUCUAAACUCCGGUGAGGAGGGACAGGCGUGGCACAUCUCAUGUGAAUGACACGACCCAAACACUGACACGAUGCAAGCUGACAUACAAUAUGAAAAUGUCACACAUUGUGGACUUAGGACAGAAACGAUGUCGCAUUUUUGUCUUCUUGUCAUCUCGUCAGACGAAAACUGGCAUUUGUCUAGUUAUGUCCUAGGUUCCCAAGCCGCGGUUUUAGCUCGUCACAUCACAGUCAUGAAACAUUUUUCGUCGACAAAAUAUUUUCGUUAUCGUCAUUGUUGACGAAAACAACACUGUAUAAAUGUAAAGUAUAAGCUACAUUGGCUUGGUCUUGCAUUCUCUUUCACGCCUCCCCUAUUGGACUCAUUUAAAUUCAGAGCAGAAAGAAGAUUGGACACCACACGACUGGAUGUCUAUCAUUAUUAUGAGAAAGGCGACAAGCACUCCUUUUUUUUUUUUUUUUUUUAAAACAUUGGUGUGCGUACCUAGCGGCCAUCUUGGUCGGGCAACCAGUGGUCAGAGACUAUUUCUCGAAAGGUACAAAUUUCACAGCAUCAGACCUUUAUUUCUUAUUACUCGCCGAUGACAUCAUUUUAGUUACGUAUCGGUGCAACACUAUACAGUACAUUAAUUUAGUUCUUUAUUAGUUUUAAGUGCAUAUUGUUUGUUUACUUGAAAAUGCUUUAUUUAUGGACAAAACCCAAAAUGGCUUUGAAAUAGUUCACUUUUGAGGUAAAAUACAACCUUUCCAGUAGUGCAGCAUGUUUGUGUAGAUUGUUAAAGCAGGACUCACACAGCCGCAAUGAUUCUUAUGUUGCCACAAAAUGCUCAAAUCAUAGUAAAACGUUUUGUCCGUUCUCCAAAAUUCUUGCAAGAACACACUGCACCCGCAUAUCGGAGGAAACGCCCACAAAUUAUACUUUGCAGCCAAAAAGUGUGGAUGAGAAAGUAUGACAAAUAUAAUCCAAAGGCAUACAAAAUAUGGCAAAGCACAACAUGUAUAUACUGUACAAUAUUUCACGUUGUCCGUAGUCACAUGAGCAAGAAAAGUAUUUAUAAUGCUCAAAAAAUUAAGUAUGAAAACAAGAAUGAACAGGCUCACUGGCUGCCAUCACAGUUGAAAUGGAUGCGAUGUCUAUCACUGUCAAUGUCAGUGAACGAUUCAAGAACAAUUUCAAAUAAUGCCUCCAAAUUUUCAGUUGAAUAGGGUUCAAUUUUCAGAAAGUUUGAAGUGGGAUUGAUUGCUGAGUUUUCAUGUAUCUUCCACUGUUCAACUGAUGUUAUUCUGUUUUGUUGUAAAUUUAAGAUUAUAUAGCUUCAAACAAGAAGGAGAAGAAGUAAAAUGUCAUAUUUGUAACUCUUGCAGGUCAAGGAACCGUGUGAGACCUUGGCUUGGUUGUGCUUUGAGUAAUCAACCAAUAUUUUUUGUAUAUGUAGAAGGAACAAGUGAUUCAUAGGCAAGGGCGUAGAUUUGUAUUGACGCGGUAGGGACAUAACACUACGAACAUUUCAGGAUGCUCAAAUUGUCCCCCCAACUUUUAGCAAUCUUAUAUGCAUUAAAUAAUGGGUUCAGUUAUAUCGGUAAUUUAGAUUGUCUUCCCAUAUGUUGUAAGGAUAGAACUGACCCUACCAUUAUUAAGUGAAAUAUUUUCAUUAUGUUCAGACUUACAUUUAACCCUUUUCACUUGCUAAAUGUGCCGGUCCAUUUUUUUCCAUUCAAAGGCACGUUAGUUUUGCUGAAGACUUGACCCACCCCACAGACACUCAUACUUAGACAUGCCCUACAGAAAUACAUGUUGACAACAUGCCACCUCCUCCGCCCCUUUCCAAGAGGAGGGAUAUUAGAAGUUUUUUUCACCCAGCAGCAGCCACUGAAAGUAAUGUAAAAAGACGUCAGUAUUGUGUAGGUAGGAAACACACCACUAAUUGUGCUACUGAAAGUCCGACAUGCAUCAGAGUUAGCAUAGCAUUAAACUGUGUGAACUUGCUAGCCUACAAAAGACCAGUAGGAAACUGAUUCGAGAAAAGUGCCCUUAUGUUUGCGUUUUCUACUGUCAACAUUAAUUAAACUGUGAGAAGUGUAGUAAACUCUGCUGGACCCAGAAAAAUGUGAGCAAGAAGCUGCUUAAAUUAGACAUUAGACCAAGAGGACCAGGGUCCGAUGGGAGAGCUACCUCGCAAUAACACUUGCAAAUGACUUGUUGAAAAGGUUCAGCAUUCACACUACCAAACCGAAUUAUUUGUCCCCCCCCCCCACCCCUGCCGGAAUAGGGGGAAAAAACAACAAAAAACGGUAAAUGGAGCCUCUGGUGCAGGCGUUUGUUUCCUUGAUACUGUAACAACAACAAGGAAGUCACCAGCAUCGUCAGGCUUUUAAUCCUUUAUUUUGGAACUUAUGCUACACAACACGGCUACUGUACGCCGUAGGCGACGUCAACAACAACAGAACAUAGAAAGUGAAAUUAUCCCGCCCCACGCUUCCGUGCUCUCACACGGUGCGUUCAGGAACAGCAUGCAAAACACAACUGCCACAUUAGAACCUGAUUCUGUGUAUCAAAUGCAACUGCUUAGCGCAGCACAACAACAUUUGACCAUGGUUAAUCGUCUGUCCUCUUGCCAUUAUUGCUUUUAAAUAGCGUGCGCGCUGUACUUCAGCUUCCAUGGAUGCACUGCGUGUAGCGUCACAGCCUGGAGCACCACAGCUCCACACAGUGACGCUGCACGUAAAGUAGCAAAAGAGCACCCUGCUCCGGAUGCAUUCACAAGCAGACGGGAACCCACGAUUUUCAGAGGACCAGAGUUCGGAUGUGCGUUCACAUUUACAAAAGGAAGUGGACUAUCUGAGAAAACUGUGGUCCGUUUAAGACGGACAGAACAGUGCUAGUGUAAAAGCAUCCGAAGAGAGAAAUCCUAGUCUGUGUUACACAGGACAGUGUUGACAGUCAAAAAAACACAUGCUGCUGUUUUCUUCUUGUAAACGGUCUGGUUUGGAAGGAAAGAAGGCUAGUUUCUCUAACAAUACAACAUACACAUAAAGUAAUUAUAAUUAACUAUGUACAUUUAGAAAAAAAAAAAAAAUGGGGGGGGGGGGGGGGGGGCG